AUGUCUCAUCGUCUCCAACACGCAAACGAACAAGAAUUGGAACAGGUGGCACGAUUUAUAUUUUGCCACCGGCGAGCUCCUGACGGCCACUUUGACUCCCCACUCGUGAACAGUGCCAUUCGUCUGCACAUCGCAGUCGUCGCAGACCAUGAUCUGCUGGACUCGCUGCAGCCAGCUCUUUUUGCGGAGAACCGUCCUCUAGCGCUCGAAUACCAUUAUUUGAGGCUUUUGUGCGGCCAAACCGACGACAGUGUCUAUGAUGCCGCUUUGGAACUUCUGGAACAGCUCACAGAACAAGAAAUACACCAGUUCCCCGCCGCACUCAUCGUUUGCAACUUCAAAUACCUCUACGGAGCGUACCUCGCUGGACUGAACAAAAACGCUGCCGCAUUGCCAUAUUUAUUGGAGACAUAUUUGAGCUCCCAGCUGGACUUUUUUGCUGGCCCAAAGCCAGACUUUGAGCGCAACUUCCAGCUCGCCGUCCAAUCUUUGCUGCUAAUUCCGUACGGCUACACAAAGCUGGACGCCCUGCGACAACUUGUGGGCCAGUUGGACAACCAGCCGUUUGCUGUCGACAAAACCGUUCGCACCCUUCUCGCCAACAUGAAAAACGAACAGGUCUUCCCCAUAGACCGCCACAUAGUCUCCCAGAUCGUGCCGUCGCACCGUCUGGACGAAGCGGUCCUGCUGCUCAUCCAGUACAACAUAAUAGCGUCCUCGAAAACGUUCAGGACAAUCAAAUUGGCCACGCUUGUCCGCAUUCUGGGCCUGCAAAUAUCCGACUCCGAAAUGCUGGACUUGGUGCUCGGACUCGUUUCUGAGCGCAAGCUGGACGCUGCCGUGGACGAGGUCGACAUGAGUGUGCACUUUGCUCGUCCAAAGCGGCCCGACCCACUUUUUUCCACUCUACAACUACUGGACAAACUAUCCUGA